CUCCACUCAGCUGAAGCAGUCUGCUGGCAGAGGCUCAGCGCUGAUUAUUGACUGCUCACACUCCCGCUGCUGUCUUUGCGUUUCUCUCCCGCACAUUUCAACUCUUCUUCCUCAUGCUCAGCCUCACGGUGGACCGUACAGACGGCCUGCCGGUCUCGACGAUGGAGCUGAAGCAGUGCAUUGAGUAUCAUGACCUAGAGGCUGCAGAGGCGCUUGUCAGCAUGAGCUUCUGGGGUCAAAGAUUGCACAAGCCUCGCCCACUCACCCCAACCUCUGACUCCUGUGACUCCAUCCAUCUCCACUCAGAGGGCGGUGACACUCCCAAAGACCUGAUCGCUCUGUCCUCGCUGUGUAUGACUCCUCCUCACAGUCCAAGCUUCGCCGAGGCCUCCACCACAGCGGUCCUCACCACCACCUCCAGACCACUCCCAGCCACACCCAACCCCGCCAUCAUCAGUAAUCCUCACACCUGCGUUACUCCUCCCUCCUCCUUCACCUCAGAGACUCCAGCUCCUCACACAGAGUUGACCUGUGUGGCUCCGCCCAGUAGAGCGAUGGCCACCAGCGUCAUCCGUCACACCGCUGACCGCCUCAGUGCUCCUCCUCUUCCUCCUCCUCCGUGCACCUCCCCGCCCACAGAAACCUCCACAGUAGGGGCUCCACAUACACUUCCAGAGGAGAAGGACAGGCCUCCUCUGUCUCCUGCCAGCCCGUCCUCUCUCCCCCCGUCGGCAACGCCUCCUCACUCCUCCCCGCCGUCUUCCUCUCCUGUCUCCUCGUCCCCGGUUCUUUGCCAGGUGUUCCCAGUGAGCAGUCGGACGGGGAUGAUCUCCGCCUUCGUCCAGGCUCCGGUUCAGGUGCAGACUCAGGGCGGGCCCAAGCCCAUCCUGCCUCAGUCUCCUUCCAGCUUCGCUCAGCCGCUGCUGGUUGGCUCUGCCGUUCCGCAGGGCACCGUCAUGUUCGUGGUUAACCAGCCACAGGUCUCCCAGGCGACGCAAGGUGCACAGACUGUCAUGACCCUGGGCAACACCAAGCUCCUCCCCCUGGCCCCUGCUCCCGUUUACAUGCCAACUGGAGCGAGUGGCGGCACCUCACAGGCCGAUUUCUCCCGCCGACGAAACUACGUCUGCAACUUCCCCGGCUGCAAGAAGACCUACUUCAAGAGCUCGCACCUGAAGGCUCACCUGCGCACACAUACAGGUGAGAAGCCGUUCAGCUGCCACUGGGAGGGCUGUGACAAAAAGUUUGCCCGCUCUGACGAACUUUCCCGCCACCGCCGGACGCAUACAGGCGAAAAGAAAUUUGUCUGCAACGUAUGUGACCGCCGCUUCAUGCGCAGCGACCACUUGACCAAACAUGCCCGACGGCACAUGACCACCAAGAGGGCAACAUCAUGGCCCGCCGAAACCCGAGACCUCAACAAAGUGGCUCUGCCAAAGGGCCAAAACAGAGGCCCCACACUUCCUGUCGGCGUGCUCGUCCCCACAGCCAACUAACAGACUCAGACUCAGGACCCGGGGGCGUGGCGGGGGGUGGAGCCCGCCAACAGGACACUAACAGGUUAAAGUGGCUGUUUCAAUCAGCUCCACAUCAGGAGGAACUUUUUACUCAUCAAACUCAAACCGAGCUCCGGCUACGUUUACACGAACAACAGGGUCAAAAAACACGGCAAACUCUGAUUUACAAACACCGUUCAACAUGGCCGCCUCAUAUGAAACCGGUCACUGUGGCAUGAAAACACAACGCACACAGCAACUGUUUUACAUUUCCAGUUUGGAAGUGUAUUUUAGCAGAGUGCUAACUUAGCAUGUUAGCAUAAUAGUGAUCUGCACUUUUCAAAACACGCACAAGUACAAUAACAAUCUACAGAAGAGGAUCAGGCCACAGAUUUUUUUCUAACCUUUUUUUUUAAUUCUGACUUUUAAGUGAGAAUUCUGAGAUUAAAGUCAGAAUUUUGAGGAAAAAAGGCAGAAUUUAGAGGUCAAAGUCACAUUUCUAAGAUUCAAGUCACAAUUUUAAGAUCAAAGACACAAUUCUAAGAUCAAAGUCAGAAAUCUGAGAUUGAAGUCAUGAUUCUGAUGUUUAAGUUCAAAUUCUGAUGUUAAAUUAAGAAUUUUUAGGGAAAAAGUUGCAUUCUAAAAAGAAAUUUCAAGUCAGAAUUCAGACCUUAAUAUCACAGUAUGGACAUUUUUCCCCUCAAACUUCUGACUGUAAUGUCAGAAUUGUAACAUUUUGUCUUAGAAAUGGAAAGAUGUGUUAUACACAUAUAUAUAGUGGCCCCUUAUCCUUCUCUGUAACAAUCCUAUGAAUGCAAACAUGAGUUUUAGCGUAACAGGCUACCCACAUUAGCUGAUACGCUGUUCUCAUUAGCAUGUUGGCAUAACAUGUUUUAUACAUACCACUGAGGUAUUUAAAUGUAUGCUAACAGAGGUGACCCGUGCAUUAUUCUUUAGCACAUUCUAUCAUAUGUGCAAGUUUGUUAGCUAGCUGCUAACAUUGAAUGGUAAAUGCCAUUAUUAGGCUAAGAGGAUUAGCAUCAAGACUGCAGUAAUUUCAGGUGAAACUUUUUCACUCAGCACGUUAAAUCGUUAAUAACUCCACAGCUGUGUCAAAAGGCCAUGGCCCAUGUGCUGUAUGAAUUUAGCCCAAAUGAACAGCAACAUUUAAAAUAAGGUAUUUACCAACAAUUUUCUGAUUUUAUUGUAUAAUAAAGGGAGCCUGCUUACACCAGCCGUCCCUGCUAACAUGCUAAUUGCUAAUGCCAGCAUUUGUAGGACUAGUAUUCUAAACAUGCUGAUGCUAGCAUGUAGCUUUGAGGGCACUCGUUGGCUAGCUUUGUCUUGAGCUGUCUUCUGGUGGCGCUAAAAUCUCAGGAUCCUGCUAGUUAGCUGGAUUCAAACUCCGUGGACCAUAAACAACAGAACCAAAUUAACCCAACCAUUCUUAAACCCUUAAGUUUGUUUAAGCUCACUGUUAUAUUUGCCUCCAUUAGCAUUUAGCUCCCACUCCGUAUGUUUGCAUUUUUACUGUGAACGAACCGAUUUUUUAAACUGUUUACAUAUAGUUCACGGUAAGGCAGGUUUUUAAACAUACAUGAUGAACCAGCUUUUUUAGAUAUAGCUAUGCUUUUUAAUACAUAGCUUUGCUCUCGAUUGCUUAGUCUAAGGCAGCAGUUUUCGUAUUUAGAACUUAGAUAAUCCAAAUCACAAGUGCCAUUUCAUUUCAUACUUAAGUCUGUUUUUUUUAGCAUCUGAACACUUGAACAGUUCUUCCUUUGUCAUUUUAAUGCUUCAGUUUUUUGCCUCAAUGCUGCAUUUUAGCACAAUAAAAGUUUGAGUUAUUCAUGCCACAGUUGCUCAGCUAGGGUUGUCAAUAAGGGGGUAAUGAUAUCUCACAAUACAAUUAAAAAGCAUUACAAACAUGCACAAUUUCCAUCAGUAUGACAUAAAUAUACACCUAUGUAGUUUUGGGAGAGGGAUAUUGAGCAUGUAAUUGGUCAGAAUCCAAUUAGAAGCAUCAUAUGUAUUCUUUAAAGGGACUUCAUUUUCAUGCCCAGAAAAUUAGAAAACUGUGCAACCAGUGAACUGAAUUGUGACCCCAAAAGUGAGCAACAAUUUUGACACCUUUUAAAACAACUGCAUGAAAAAUAGGAGUCCCAGACAAAAAUGUACAGGUAAUUUCUUGAUAAUGGUUACCUAAAAGUCAUCUCCUACCACCCUUUCUAAAUUGCACGUGCCAGUGGUGCCGACAUAUUUGUGCAGGAAUUUAGUGGUGGUUUAUAUGAGGGAUUCUGGCCCGGAUAAGCUGUGCUCGGGCACGGUACAGAACAGUUGUGCCUAAUGUGAAACCCGCCUCCAGCUUACCUAUCUUAUGAAAAAGAUGUUUGACUUUUAAAUCAGAAGUUCUUUUUGAUAGUAUCAAUCUUUUAAAUAAGAAAUGUCAUUAUUUUAAAACAGGUAAAACAAAGAAUCGUACAUUUUGACAACGCUAGCAUGAGCUGUUUAACGCCGUUUGUACGGAGGAUUGCCGUGAUGAGUCGAAGCGAUGUAGACGGAGCCGGAGCCGCUGGCGUCGCACAGAGCGAGUUUCCCGCCCUGCUCAGGACAUUUUAAUUCCCACAACUACAAACUCACCGGAGGAGGACAGGAAGGAACAGGCUGCUAUUCAUCCACGGACAGAAACCAACAAAAACCUGACAUUGCACUGGAUUUUUUAAUUAAAUCUUGCUCGUUUUUGUACUCUUUCUCUCCGUGUAUAAUCAUGUUUACUACAUGUGUAAAUGUCAUGUUUAGCAAAAUGUAUGCACUCUUUUUAUUUUUUGCCAAAGCCUCUGUAUUGUGCUUCUAUUAUUAGCGCUAACUUCUGUUAAUUUGUCUGUGAGUGUAAAUAUUGUACAUAUAUUGAUAUCUAUAUGAAUGUUAUGUGUAUUCCAAUCUGCAUUUAUUGACAGUACGACUUAUUGAUAUUUUAAAAAUGUCAGUGGACAGUAUUCCUCACUGUGAGACUACCUACUAUCUUUGCUUUACACAUUUUAUUAUUUAAUAAAACAUUUGUUGAGGAAAAAGUGCUGUUUUUGAUAGCUUGAUUUGGCCCAUAGUGUAGCCAGUAAGAAAAUACCUCAUGUUAUUAAAUGUUAUUCUUAAUAAUAACAACUUAUAUCGGAAUAAUCCCAUUUCUGAACAUUUGCCUGUAAGCGAUGGUGAAGAAUAUGGCUUUUAUAAUAAA